GAACCGGGCUCCCAAGGGGAGCCCCUGCUCCUGGAGGUGCGCACAGCUCUUCAUUCCUCGGCACAUCCUGAGAUCGUGGUGGUUGGCGGCCGCUAUGGCCUUGGCUCAAAGGAGUUCACGCCCAACUGCGUGCUCUCCAUCUUUGAGAAUCUGGCUCAGGACACCCCGAAGCCACGAUUCACGGUGGGCAUCAACGAUGAUGUGACUCACCUGUCACUGCCGGUGGGGCCCUGGCUCAACGUGCUGCCGGAGGGCACCACAGAGUGCAUGUUCUAUGGGCUGGGUAGUGAUGGCACCGUGGGCGCAAACAAGUCUGCAGUCAAGAUGAUCGCAUUGGGCACAGAGCUCCACGCGCAGGCGUACUUUGAGUAUGACGCCAAAAAGAGUGGUGGAGUGACCAUCAGCCACUUGCGCUUUGGUCCGAAGCCCAUCCACGCCCCGUACAAUGUCCGUGCAGCUGACUACAUGGCCAUCCACAAGCAGAGCUACGUGCAGCAGUAUGACAUGACGAGAUACCUUAAGCCGAAUGCCGUGUGCGUCAUCAACUGCUCCUGGGACGCCAAGCUCUUCAUCAUCGACGCCACGAAGAUUGCAGUGAAGGCUGGCCUUGGAAAGCGCAUCAACAUGAUCAUGCAGACCGUCUUCUUCAAGCUCAGUGCGGUGAUGCCCUAUGAGGAGGCUGUGGAGAUGCUGAAGAAGAGCAUCAAGAAGAUGUACGGUAAGAAGGGUGACAAAGUGGUGAACAUGAACAUCGCCGGUGUGGAUGCCGCCAUUGAUGGCAUCAUCGCCGUCAAGAUCCCCGCCUCCUGGGGCGACCUGUCAACCGACGAGGAGGCUGCCUCCCGCGCCGCUCGGCAAGUUGCCUACGCCAAGGGCCCGCGCAUGUUCCCGGAGGUGCAGGAUGCGGACCAAUUCGCUAAGCAGGUGCAGACUCCUUGCAACAGCCUGGAUGGCAAUUCGCUGCCUGUGAGCGCCUUCGUGCCGGGCGGCCGCGUGCCAUGCGGCACCAGCCAGUACGAGAAGCGCGGAAUUGCGAUCAACGUGCCUGUCGUGGACAUGGACAAGUGCACGCAAUGCAACAAGUGCAGCCUCAUUUGUCCGCAUGCGGCUGUGCGGCCUUUCUUGAUGACAAACCAGGAUCUGGGCAAGGCCCCUGCCGCCUUCAAGGAGGGCAGCCGUGCC